AUGGAAGAAACAAAUGACGAGUGUCGAGACGAGGUUACUUCGUUAGAGAACCCCACCGCCACAACAGAACCAAGUUUAGAAUCAACAGCAGUUGAAACGAUUGAUGAGUAUCCAGGUACAAAGAUCGUAGAAUUAGAAAAAAAGAUUGAAGAACUUAUUCAGGAACUGGAAAAUGUUCAGAAAAAAUCAAGUGAUGUACAUUCUGAGCUAGAAAAAAGGGUUGAAGAGCUCCUUAAAGAAAGAGAUGUUCUAAUUUCUGGAAAAGAGAAUCUUACACAAGAUUUGGAAAUUGCUCAAAAAAAGUCAAAUGAGAUCCGUUCCGAAUUGGAUGAUGAGAAAGAAGCAGUUCGAGAAAUGAAAGAGAAAUUGGCUGCUACUGAAAAAAAAUAUGAAGUGCUCGAAUCAGAUAAUGCACUACUUCACUCUGCCAAAACCCAAGCUCUUGAAAAAUUAUCUGAUGUAGAAUCAAGGUUGAAAUCUGCGACACAACGUGAACGUGAUCUUCAAGAAUCAUUAAAUGAGGCUAAAUCAAAAUAUGAUUCAGAAAUUGAGAGCCUAAAAAAGCAACAACUCGAAGAAGAAGACAAACGUAAUAAAUCGAUUGCUUUACUAAAAAAAACUCAAUCAAAAAUUCAGGCUCUAGAGAAAGAUAAAAAGGAUAUGAAUGAAGAAAUAGAACGACUCAAGGAUUCUCUUCGAGUUUCGGAGCAAAAUGCAACCGCAAAUUUGAAACAAAAAUCCGUACAAAUUGAAAAAUUGACAACAGAAAAAGAAGGGUUGUUUGAUCAAUUACAAAUGAAACAAGCAGAAUUCGACUCUUCACAGUCAUUGCUUGAAACACUACAACAUGGUACCAAGGAAAAGGAACGUCAGCUAAAGGAGACUGAAGAGCGUUCACAAGCAUUAGAAGAAGAAGUGACAUCAUUAAAGAAACGUAUUAAGGAAAUGAAACGGGAGAAUGAAACUUUAAAGAACAAAGCAGAAGAUUUAAAUGGAAUUACAGAGAAAUUAGAAGUUUUGAAAAAGCAAUCUGAAAAUUAUAAGCAAGAAAAAGAAAAAGUAGAAUUAGAAUUAAUAGAAAUUAAACGUACUUCCGAUGUUCAAAUACAAGAUAUGGUUAAACAAUUGACUGAAAAAGAACAAGAGAAAAGUAAGCUGAUGACUGAAUAUCAAGAAAAAGAUGAACUUUUGAAAUUAGCCCAAGAUGAAAACGAUUCUCUAAAGAAGUUAGUGCAAGAAUUAGACGAAAAUAUGCGCGUACUUAGCACAAAAAUGGCUAAUGCUGAUGAGAAAUCCGUAAAGUAUCGGGAGUUGGAACAUAACCUUCAAAGAAGUAAAGAAGAGUAUGAAAAACUACUUGAGGAAGCUCGUAUGCGAGAAGGUCAACUAAGAAACAAUAAUAGGUCACUCAAGGAAGAAGUGCGUAAACUUCAGAAAUCAUCAGAUCGUGGUGUACCAAUAUCUCCUUUACAACCUCCAUCCCCUACAUCAUUAAAAAAUUCAGUGCCAUCAAAUUCUCCUACAAUCCUUAAUACAGGAUUGGAUGAUGAUGUUAAGGUUGAUUAUCUACGAGGUGUUAUACUUAAAUUUUUGGAACAUAAAGAGCAGAGGAAAGCUCUGCUGCCAGUUUUAACAACAUUACUUAGGAUACCGCCUGAAGAAAAAAAACGAUUGGAAUUAAAGUAUGGUAAAUGGUAA